AUGGAGGCCUUCUCCGCAGAUCCGCCCCGCAGGGCCCGUCGAUCAUCUAUCUCGGACCACAUCCACCGCGUUUUUAGCAAAUCCAUGGAUAAACGACACAGUCAUAUUGGCGAAUUUGUUCCCCCAGUUCCCUUUCUCGCCCGCGAAGCUCUCGCACAGGAGGCGGCAACCGAUAAUAAUUCCUAUGCGAGGCACUCUUUGCACGAUGAGACAGGGCCCAGCUCGCUCUCUUACUCCUCCAACUCUCGCUUGCCCUCCACUGGUACGCCUGGCUCAAGUCUAUCAGUCGCAAACGGGGCCCCGAUGGAGGAUGAGACUCCGACCCAACAAAUGACGCCCUUGCCUAGACAUCCCAGCGGAGAUGUAGACAAUAUCUGCAAAUCACCAACCUGGGAUAAACCCAAAAAGAAAGAAAAGCGGGUCACAAAGCGCCUGGAAGCCGAGAGAAAGGAGCUCGAGAAGCGGUUGCUAGCACUUGAGGAUGCUCAAUCCAAGGCCGACCUCGGAGUCUACGAAAGAUACUCUCGCCGUCUGACCAAGAAACAACCCGUGAGCAGCUCAAGCAGAAGCUCCAGUGCGAAUGCAGAGCGUCCGAGAUCGUCAAGUGGCCUGUCCUCGAUCUUCCGGCGAUCACGCCGGAAUUCAAAUUCGAGUGAGCAAGACUUUCCGUCUGCCGAGUUUAGCCAGCUUAGGACAGAUACGAACCCACCCUCUCUGCCUUUGACUCUACCGGAAAGGUUUGGAACGGCCAUCACCCGAGAGCUACAGUCCAAGCACGGCACCGCACUGAAUCUAUCCGCUUCGAACAAAAUGUCCAACUCAACCCAGCACAACCGUUUGCACGCCUCAGCAAAGUCUGAUGAUCUUCGUGAGAACUGGAGGAUGGCAGAAGCCUGGAAAACAAAGGACGGACGUGAGUCCAAUCGGUCAGUGUCGAAGCAGAUUCCCACCGGUAGUCGGUCCGUGAUUGGAAAUACUGCUCGACACGGCGAGAAACCAGCAUCCUCGAAUGAUCUGGAUAGAGAACUGUUUUCUGCAGCUCUGAAGCAUGACAGGAAGAGUGUGCCCGCGACAGAGAACCCUCUUGAUCGUGUGAAUCGCCAUGACCGUUCCGUCGGGGCUACUAGCAUGCCAAUGUCGCAAAGCUUGAGCCAGCCUAACGUCUAUUCAUCCGGCUUUCCUGAUUCACCUACUCAGGUUACCACGGCUCGUCAGUUGCAGGAGUUAAUACCAGAAACUCCAGACAACCCGUCAAGUCCAUCCAGUGCCAGGUCUUACCCACCACCACUUGACCCAGCACUAAUACACUCCACGGGGAGCCUUGCUAGGAAGAACCGAGUGGAUCCCUUCCCGCGAGUAUACAAGUCAUCUCCCCUCGCCCUGAAUCCUGCGAAUACGAAUGAGUUGUCCCAGAAUGAUUCUAGGAUUCCAAGACCACUCACAACACAAAACCUUGAGCAUGCAAACCAAUCCCAGUCACCGCAAUCCCCCGCUCAACCGCAAUCCGAGGAUCGAGGAAGAAGCCGGCUGCCUAUCGCUUCGUCGCAUAUCCCCAAACGAACUUCAAGUCGUUUCAAGGAAAACUUCCAAGAAACUCUGCAGUCGAUCGAAAUGCCACAGAUCCCAGUCAAGAGCGAAAGACGGAGUCUGGAGAUUCGGAGAAUGCCAACCACGUCAACUGAUACGCUCAGAGACAUCCCAGCGUCUCCCUUCCAGGCAGCGGUCAGAUCUCCAUUCCACACAGGAAGUGUUUCACCCGGCGAGAGAAACAGCCGAACAUCUAAAGACCUGUCGGAUGGCACUUACACCGUUCCUGCGAGAUCCCCCCGUCGAGCUUCUCGCACUUCCACCGAACUCCCAGGAAAUAUCCUUGCUGUUGGAGGACCUGGAGGGUUCAUACCAGGACAUAGCCGCUCUCCUUCACACACCUCCUCCCACGACGGUCAUUCUAAUUAUGACACUGCCGACGAAGAUACACCUGAAUCCCCUGGAUUCAAACGCAACUCGCUGACUCGCGUGGAUACCACUCCCUCGAUCUCUGCUGCCAGUCCUGCGAUAUCUGCUGUUGAAGCGCCAGUUGCACAGGAGGCUCCUGUUAGUCCACUCAUUCAACCCAGCACCCAGUCAGACAUCCAAUCUAGCAUCCAGCCUGGCAUCCAACCUGGCAUUCAACCCAGCACCCAGCCUGCCUCGCAGCCUAUCCAGCAACCUGGCUCUCACCCUGAUACUUAUCGCGGCAUGCAGUACGGCCCCCAACCUGGCACUCAGACCGACAUUCAUCCCGGCAUGCAGCCCAGCACCCAACCGGGUGCCCAACCCGGCAGCCCCCAAACCCGACCAGGCCCCAUGAGCAUCCUCAAAAGAAGAUCCCAAAAAGCGAAAGCAGCCCGCAGCCCACAAACCAUCGCCAAGAUCUUCGUAAUCUGCUGCCGCUGCAAGUACUGGCACGACCUCCCCUCCGAAGUCUACGCACGACUCGCCUGCCCCGAGCGUCUAGGCUCUGAUUUCAAGCUGGGCAGAUCCCGCUCCAAGAAACAACCCGACACCGGUACCCGCAAGAUGACAGGCUCACGAUCUCUGCCAUUCGGUCAAUUCCCAGCUCCCCAUGCUACCCAGGGCAUGUCCGAUCUGCAACCUGCGCCUCUCCUACCUCGCAAGGUGACCUGCUGCUGGUGUGGACAUAAUAUGAGCCGAUCUUGCUGUGAGGGUUGGACUACUGUUGUUGAGAUGCGUGAGCGGCAUCAUUGA